CAAAAGGAGCGAGAAAACUAAACAAACUCCAGUAAAUUUAUACGAAUUAUUCCUACUUACCUGGUGUACGCCAAACAAAUUAAAAUGUAAUCUAUGUGCAUCAUGCGUUGGUUCUAGAAGGAAGCCCCUUCACAGUAGGUGCAGAAGGGUAAGAUUGACAGGUAGAAGAAAUAUUCUUCUCAUGAUGACAAGCUACGAACAUUUGACUGCUGUACCAUUGGUCUUACCCAGAAGCGAAACUUCCAACAAAGAUAAAUUAGCAUUUAUCGUGGAUGUGUUUUUACCGAUGAGGAAUGCAAACAAAUGAUACUAAUGACUGAAAAACAAGGAUAUGUUAAGGCUUUGAUUGGGAGAAGACAAGCAUACGUGCCUGAAAUACGAAAUAACUACAGAUGCAUAGUGGAUUCAAUCGAAAAAACUGCUGAAAUUUGGGAUAGAAUCAAACAUUUGAUCCCAGAGAAAUGGGAAGGUCGGAAAGCACUUGGUUUGAAUGAACGAUUACGUUUUCUUCGCUAUGAUUCAGGACAGGAGUUUAAGCCACAUUUUGAUGGGUCGUAUGCGAGAGAUAAUGGUGAAAAAAGUUACUUGACUCUUCAACUUUAUCUUAACGAGGAUUUUACAGGAGGGGCAACUACGUUUCUCGAAAAUCGCUUCGAAUUAAGUGAAAAUGAUGUACCUUGUGUUCCAAAAACUGGUCGAGUUCUUGUUUUUCAACACGACAUCCUUCACUGUGGUUCAAUAUUGGUGAAGGGAAGAAAAUACUGUGUGCGCACGGAUGUAAUGUUCAGUAAAGAUUGAUGCUAUGAGCUUUCAAUUACGCUACACAACAUUCCGUUUAUUUGGUAUUGAUUGGGCAUUGAUUUUCAUCUUUGCCUUUGGCAAUUCAGAAGCACGAUUUUAUACUGUGCUCGUAGCAAAUAAUAUAUACAUGUUAAUAUUACCUCGUUAGCAAAAUUUCUUACAUCUUCUCUCCUUUUGUAUAAAUAUUAUAUCAUAUUUGAUUAAGUUAUGCGACAAGCUAUGUCAUUAGGAAAGAGGAAAAUAUGCGAGCAGCGAAACUAAGGCUGAAAAUCAAGAACUUCGGAAGGAGGGAAAAAAAAUUUAAAACCUGAAUAAAAGAGCAGGCCCAGAUACAUAUUUGAUAUUGGAGUGAAAACUAACAUUUAAAACGCCAAAAUGUACGACAAUGUAUAUUAAACAAUU